CUCGUAAUAUUGGCUUAAUCUGUAUAUGCACAUGUCGUAUAUGACGCCAUGUGCUUUUGAUCGUAUGUCCAUAUGUUUUAUGUGCAGUCUCAUUGAUCAGCAUUGUGGUAAUUCAUGGAUUUUAGACACAUAGAGCAAUAUUUCAGACAGGGCCUUGCAAAUCGUGAAAUUCUUACUCUACUGGAGAAUGUUCAUGGUGUUAAAAUUAGCAAUCGAACUCUUGAGCGACUUUUGAGCAAACACCAGCUUUGGAGGAGGAAGAACAAGACUGCUGAAGCUGAGGUGUCAGCUUUUAUACAAGGACAAUUACAGACAUCAGGGCAGUUGCAUGGUUACAGGUGGAUGCACCAGAAAUGCUGGAUCAAUGGAAUAAUCACCGACAGAGAGACUGUACGGAUUAUUUUACGGUUGCUAGACGGCGAUGGCGUUGAUCUAAGGUCUAGGAAUAGACUUCGCCGACGAGUGUAUUUCAGCCGCGGACCGAACUACGUAUGGCACAUUGAUGGAUACGACAAGUUAAAGCCAUACGGGAUUGGUAUUAGUGGGUGUAUCGAUGGAUUCUCUAGAAAAAUGAUUUGGCUUGAAUCGUACAGAACAAACAGUGAUCCACGAGUCAUUGCUGGAUACUUUAUUACAGCUGUAACAGAGGCAGAGGGUUGCCCUGCACGGGUGAGACUGGAUCUUGGAACUGAGAACGGUCAUGUGGCAGAUAUGCAGAAAGUUCUGCAUAAUUCUAAUUCAUUAUGUGUCAGUUUUGGGCCCAGCACAGGAAAUCAGCGGAUUGAGAGGUGGUGGCUCACACUUAGGAGUCAGUGCAUCCAAUUUUGGAUGAACCUUUUUGACAACCUUAAAGAGGACGGACAUUAUGCUGACACCUUUCUAGACAAAUGUUUGAUUCAGUUCUGUUUUCAAAACUUGAUUCAGGAGGAACUGGAUGAAGUGACAUCAUUGUGGAACACUCACAGAAUAAGGCCAGUUCAUAAUUCCCGAUCUCCAAAUGGCCGUCCAACUAUUAUGCAUGCCGUACCUCAGUUAUAUGGUGCGAGAGAUUACUUGCACCCUGUUUGCCCCGAAGAGGUUGACGUGUGUCUGGAAGAAUGUGUGUUCAAAGACUAUCCCUGUGACAAAGAUGUGUUUGAUGUAUGUGUUUAUCUCAUCGCAGAACACAACCUGGAUAUGUCAAAUGAUGUCUAUUCAACAUUGGAUGUUUACGUAAAACUUAGGGAGUUGAUAAAUGAUGAACUGACUGAAGAACCCUGAACUGUUUUCAGCUUUUU